CACAAAUCUAGACUUUGUUCCGUGCACCGGCUCCUCUCAUUACCCGUGUGAAGUAAAGCGUCGAAGUUACGAUUUCAUUUCGAGUCGGCUGUGUUUGCCUGCUGGAAAAACGAUGGAAAUCACGUUCACGGGCAAGCGGGCUUUGGUGACUGGAGCAGGGAAAGGGAUAGGCAGGGCCACCGCGCUGGUGCUGGCACGGAGCGGAGCAGAGGUCACCGCUGUCACACGCACCCAGGCUGACCUGGACAGCCUCCUCCUCGAGUGUCCGAACAUCAAGCCAGUGUGCGUGGACCUGGCAGACUGGGAGGCCACUGACGCGGCGCUGAAGGACUUGGGCCCAGUGGACCUGCUGGUGAACAAUGCGGCCUGUGCCCCACUGCAGUCCUUUCUGGAGGUCACCCCUGAGAAGUUUGACAUGUCCUUUAACAUCAAUGUGAAGGCAGCACUGCACGUUGCCCAGAUUGUAGCUCGUGGGAUGAAGGCCAGGGGGUCUGGCGGCUCCAUUGUCAACAUUUCCAGCCAAGCUUCACAGUGCGCUUUCAAGGACCAUGCAGUUUACUGUGCCACCAAGGCAGCUCUGGACAUGCUGACUAAGGUGAUGGCUCUGGAACUCGGGCCCUACCAGAUCAGAGUGAAUUCUGUCAAUCCCACAGUGGUACUGACUAAAAUGGGCAAGAUGAACUGGAGUGACCCCGAGAAGGCCAAGGCCAUGACAUCACGGAUCCCAAUGGGAAAAUUUGCAGAAGUGGAAGAUGUGGUGAACUCUAUCCUGUUCCUGCUCAGUGACAAGAGUGCCAUGACCAAUGGGGUCACUCUGCCAGUGGAUGGGGGGUUUCUGGCCUGCUGAUGAAAACUCCAUAGUAAAGCAACGUCGCACUGCUGACUAGAGAGCUGUGCAUACCCUCGCAGAUCAUGCCCGUUCUGACUAUCAUUGCUUAAAGCGAACACUCAAAUCGCACAUUUCAGUUUUGAUCUUGCUUUGCUGCACUAAAAGUAUUAGCUCUACAGUUGUAGAUUAGCUUCAAUGAGCUAGUAGGAUGGAGGAAGCCAUUCUGUAGGUGGCCAGAAAAUGUCCUUUUUUAUUU